AGAAAGUGAACGAGGAAAGGGAGAGACAAGGUGCUAAGAGAGCAAAAAUAAAGGCUUUAACUACGGUGGAAAGUGGGAACAUGGAUGAUGAACCUCUCUCUUUUCCUCGCGCUGUUGCUUCUGCACUCAGCCUACUCAGCCUACUCAGCCUACGAAAACGUGGCCCUCCGCGGAAAAGCAACCCAGUCAUACCGUGCGUCGCACAGCUUUGGAGCGGCCUACAACGCCAUUGAUGGAAACCGUAACACUGACUUCAAUGCUGGAUCCUGCACCUUCUCCUCUGAACAGGUCAGACCCUGGUGGAAGGUGGACCUGCUGGAGUCCUACAUCGUCACCUCCAUCACCAUCACCAACAGAGGAGACUGCUGUGCAGAGGGACUCAACGGCCUGGAGAUCUAUGUAGGCCAAACAAAGGUUGCUAGUAUUGCCAGAAUCGGUGCUGGUGAGUCUUUCACUCACGUUUCUGAUGAACGUGUAGAGGGACGUGAGGUGAAGUUAGUGCUGCCUGGUAACAACCGGAUCCUCGUACUCUGUGAAGUGGAAGUCUACGGGUACCGAGCACCAACUGGAGAGAACCUUGCACUCAAAGGAAAAGCCACCCAGUCAUCACUCUAUGAUUUUCAAAGCAUUGCAUACAACGCCAUUGAUGGGAAUACUGGCAACAGAUGGGCUUAUGGAUCCUGCACUGCCACCACAAACAUGAUGAACCCCUGGUGGAGACUGGAUCUGGUAAAAACCCACAGAGUGUUUUCUGUAAAGGUAACAAACCGCGUAGAGGUCCCUGAAAGACUGAAUGGAGCUGAGAUUCACAUCGGAGAUUCCCUCGACAACCAUGGAAUCAACAACCCAAGGUGUGCUGUGAUUUCAAGUAUCCCGGCUGGUCAAACUGCUAAGUUCCAGUGUAAUGGGAUGGAUGGUCGGUAUGUCACCAUCAACAUCCCUGGGAGAGUGGAGAUCCUGACCCUGUGUGAGGUGGAGGUUUAUGGUUCUGUCCUGGAUUAGGAUCAUCAUAACUUAGCCACCACUGAUGUAUGUACUCACAUGAGUCUGACAUGUACA